CCAAAUCAAGUGUUAUAACUCUCUAGCCCCUUGGCUGAGCUGUGAAUCCGCAACUAUGAUGGCAGAUCCGUUUGAAGUUCGCAUGCGCUUUACCGCGCAGCUACAACACUUGAAUGCGUCAAUUACAUCCUCCCAGAAAGCUGCGCAUUAUGCGCUCAAAUACCGCGAUAUGGACGAGGACCUUCACUCAUGUAUACUGGAACAGCUUGAAAGGAAUAAUAUGAACAACCGAGCUAAUAUCAUGUAUUUCAUCGAGCAAUUCUGCGAAAUGGCCACGAAGGAAGAUCAUGCACCAUAUGUGCGCAUGAUUCAGAGGGAUAUCUUACGCGUAGUGGAUGCCGUUGCACCGCCGGAUGGCUCGGGGGCCGCGAAUGUGAAGCAUGUUCGUCGGGUUCUCAACGGGUUACAAAACAAGGAAAUCCUCUCCGCGGAAACGGUAGCGGAGAUCAAUGCCGGUCUAAAAGACCGUGAAACACAUCCAGCACAUCUUGACCUAGAGGCCGAUGGGGGGGCGGAAGCUAAGGGCGGCACUCCACGAGGCUCUAGGGGGAGUGUCCGCGUGGACAAGAGACAGAUUGAGCAGAGAAUCGAAGAAGACCGUGAGCGGAACAAGCGUUUACGAGAGAGUAUGUGGACAGUCAGCGGCGACGAUGGUGACGAGCACGGGAAAUUCUGGGAUGAGACCAGCGACAUUGGCGAAGACGAUUUCCUGGCCGCGAAUGAGGAGUUUACGGAGCGCAGAACGAUGGUUGGUGCUAAGUGAAAGUGCUUGCAUUAGCUGUUCUUUCCUGGUUUUAUAGAACCUGGCAGUUUUGAAAAGUACAUAUAGCAGGUGUUCGGUUCGGCGUUACGUUCCUUUACUACUUGGGUCAUGGGUAUGGAUGAUACCAUUUACGUGAAUUGCAUAUGAG